CAGUACGAGUACAAGGACCACACGGCGGACAUACAGAUCCAUUCCUGGGGCGACAGCAUGGAGGAGUGCUUCGCCUGGGCCGCGCUCGCGAUGUUCAACUACAUGACCCCGCUCAAGAGGCUCGCGUCGUCGGCGUUGAGCGCGAAGGGAUCCGCCGCCGGAACCAGGGUUGAGGCGCACGACGCGCACUCCCUGCUCUUCGCGUUCCUGGACGAGCUGCUCUUCAACUUUCACACCACGAUGACGGUGUGCAACGCCGUGCAGGUGCUGCCGAUCGAGCGCGGGAACGGGACGUGGAGGGUGCGAGGCACGGGCGUCGGGAAGAGGUUCGUGGACGGCGUGCACGAGCAAGGCACGGAGAUCAAGGCGAUCACGUAUUCGGCGAUGCAAAUCGUCGAGCGGGACGAGGCGGCUAUGA